GAAGCGAGAAAGGCAAGCCGGGCGUGCACGCCUCUUCCGCCCCGGGCCCGGAAGGGUGAUGUGGCUGGGGCUUCGCCGGCCUCACUAUGUCUGCCAUUUUCAAUUUCCAGAGUCUGUUGACUGUAAUCUUGCUGCUUACAUGUACCUGUGCUUAUAUCCGAUCCUUGGCACCCAGCCUCCUGGACAGAAAUAAAACUGGGUUGUUGGGUAUAUUUUGGAAGUGUGCCAGAAUUGGUGAACCGAAGAGUCUUUAUGUUGCAGUAUGCUGUAUUGUGAUGGCCUUCAGCAUCCUCUUCAUACAGUAGCUUGGAAAAAUGCCAGAAUUUAGUUGCCAUCAGAUUUAAAUACGAAAAAAAAAAAGGACUUAUCUGCAGAAAAUAAUGGAAAGAAUGGUUAACCCAUUUAUCUCUGAACAUUGAAUGAGAUAAAUUUUCAGCUGCUGUUCUCUAUUUUUGUUAUUGGACCAAUGUUCUAUAUAAAUAGUUAGGAUGUAACCAUUUAAUACUCAGAGUUUAAAUGUCUGUAACAAUCAACCUCAGUAGUACUGUCACUACAAUAUUACAGUCUGCAUAUGUCAUUCUGUUGUGUCAGAUGCCAGUUUUUAGUGAGGUAUCUUGAAGGCACAUAGUAGAAAACAAAAUUGGUAAAUUACUUAAGUUCCUUUCACUGUGAUUUGGAAAUGAUAAAUCUUUAUAAAAUGAGACCCUUUUUUGGACUAACUUUUUUAUUGAAAAAGAAAAGUUUCAAUUUCUGUUGGUAGGGAUUGCAUUCAUAUUUAAUAAUGCUUGCUUUUCCUCUGGCCACAGCAUUCUGAGCAUUAACCAGAGUACCUCUACUCUUAGCAAACUGUAGUUUAUUAGAGGUGUUUAAACUAUUUAAAACAAGCCUAUGCAGUUCUUAAGGAAGAAGAUAAAUGAGAUGUGACUUGAGUAGUACUGAGAAAAUGUUUCUAUUUGAAAGAAUUCAGAAUACUGACUGGUGUUAUCAUCUCUGAAACCUCUGGUUUAGUAUGGAUAAAUGUCUUAAGCAUAAAUUUGACCAGCUAACUGUCGUUCUCUGAAUAAGACUACAUGCUUAGAGUAAAAAGAGCUAAACAGAACAAUUACAGAAUG